AUGUCUUGCUCCUACAAGAGACCACACGCAUCUCCCUCGAAACUCCGUCGUGACUUUGCUCGAUGCUGGGCCCACAAAAAGCGAUUGGGCAGUCAGGAGCAUAGAUGUGGCUUGAGGGAUGCGCUAGACAGCGUUCUUAGUCACAGAAGCUCUUGCUUCACCCAGUAUUGGUGCCAGUGGAUUGGCAGCGAAGGAGGUCUGACACAACAGGGUCGGCAGUGCGAGCUUUUCCCACUGCCCCCGGCUACAACGUGGACACCAGGAGUGAAGCACUUGCCAUGUACCAUUGAGACAGCCUUGACGUUUCUGAACAUGUGCAUCGCUUCCCUGAAUUUGCUUGCUGGCGACAUGCACAGUGGUUGCGCUAUGCAAGGCUGCCGCAGCAGCCCAACUGCCGCGCAGCAACAAGCCAUUGACCAUGUAGCUCAUCGCUGCAAUCGCUUCUUGGUCGAACUGCACAGUGGCACCUCCGAAACCGAGAGCUGGGAGAGGGCUUUUCGCAGCUUCGAAAGCCCGAGUGGAGUUAAGUACCCCAAGUUGCAAGCCGAGGCGGUGGACUUGCCUGACCGAGCGGGCACUUGUGAUCCCAUGACGCUUCUACCUGCCGAACUUGCCAGGAAUGUGUGCGACCCUGGUGCUAUUUUCCAAACCGCUGAGCAGGGACAUGCCUCGGCCGUUGUGCCGACUGGAAAAGAGCGUGGAGAGUACUUGAAGCUCGUUCAUCGGCAGCUGCAGUGUGGAAAACUGGUGCUGCUGACCCGCGUGCGUCAGGUCGGCGAUGUCUUCUGCGUCCCGAAGUCGGACCCUUCGAAACAGCGUGAGAUUUGGAAUGGCACGGCUGUCUCGGGUAUGGCCGUAAAACCUCCGAGGCCUAUGCUGCUGGCAAACCCAAGCUGCUUUGUGGACUUGCUUUUCAGAGAAGGAGAAAGCAUUUACAUGUCCAAGCGGGACGUGCACACAUGUUUUGACGUCCUUCAAGCACCAAGUGGUCUGCAAGAGUGGUUCGGACGCCCACCAAUAACCCUUGCUGAGCUCAGCCAGGUUAGCGGUGCUGAAGUUGACGAGUUGCGAAAGUACCUCCCGACAAACCUUCAUGAUGCUGUGCAGCCCAAGCAGUUGGUCUACCCAGCCAGCGCUGUCUGGCCCAUGGGCUUCAGCUGGAGUUCUUGCGUGGCGCAGGCAUGCACUGUGGCGUGUUGCCAAGAGGCCGGGGUCGCAGCAGCCAACUUCAUGACCAUGGAGCAAGCAGUGCCUACAGGUCCGGAAGUUUGUGGCGUCGCCACAGAUGAUACGUUCUUCAUUCACAAAGAUAAGGCAGUUGGGGCUCAGCGUUUGUGCCGCUUGGAUGCGGCACUUGCCGGUCACGGCAUGCCGAAGAAUAAGUCGAAGGAUGUGACUUUGGAGACCGAGAUGACUGCCUUGGGUUGCAAGCUGACUGUUCAGCCACCUGCAGUGGAGCCCGACUCUGGUAAGCUAACUUUGGCCUUCAAAGCUCUUUUGGAUGUGCUGGCGCAGCGUACAGCGACUCCGGUUGGUUUGUCUCGGUUGCUCGGAGUUGAGCAGUGGUUCUGCCUACUCAACAGGCCCAUGUUCAGCAUCUUCGACAAGGUCUAUGACUUCGUCAGGAAGGAACCUCAGGCAUGUUCGUUUCUUCUUCCAGACGCCGUGUGGACAGAACUUGCAGUGGCAGCGUUGCUAAUGCCUUUGCUUGGAGCUGACUUGAGCAGAGGCUUCCUUCCGCAACUCAUUGCGUGUGAUGCAGCUCCGCAGUUCGGUUUUGGAGUCAGUUUCUUUCGUUGCUCUAGUAAGCUUACCGAAAAGGUGGGGUCUCUUGCAGAGCGCCGGGGUGACUACAUCAAGUUUUUUCCCGAGCCAGGUGUGCUUGAGGCACGUGGACUUCUGCUAGCUGUCAAGUGGGCCCUGAGGAGCAAGCGAAACUUCAACCGGCGCAUCGUGGUGCUCGUUGAUGCGAAGGCAGUCCUGGGCGCAGCCACGAAGGGACGCACGUCAGCUCCAGUCAUCCGAGGAGUGCUGCGCAAGCUUGCUGCAUUGCUACUUUCCACCAACAGCUUGCUGCGCCUGGUUUACGUGCCGACGGAGCACAACCCGGCAGAUGCACCAUCGCGAGGACGCCGACGUCGUCCAAACCCUACCCGUGCAACUGGGUUUUAG